AAGGAAAGGAAGGAAAUAACAAGUUAUGGCAUCUUUGUUUAUUAUCCACUGUGAGUUGUAUUAUCACACCUUACUUGGCUCCUUGGCAAACUAUAUUAUAUCUUCAGAUCAUUAGGGCUGGGAAAUAGUCUCAUCAGGUCCACUGGUAACUUGAAGGAGUAAAUGUAUCUUCCAAAAAAUGCUUACUUCCAGGGAGAUUGGAUCCACACAAAUGAAUACGUAUAUAGUCCUUAGUGUAUGCUAUUAUUGUACGAUGCCAGUAGCAUAAAGAUUCCUGUAUUAAUAAGCAUUAAGUGCCUGCUGUGCUAGACAGUGAGGAUACAAGUGGCCACGAAAAUAGCAUGGUCCCUGCCCUCCUGGAGCUUCUAUUUUUCUUUUUCAGUGGGAGAAGCAGACAUUUUGCUUAAGCAAAAAUAAUUAUAAAAUUUAAAGUUGUGCCAAGUUCAAUGGAAAAAAAUAUAAAGUGUUCUGAGAGAGCAUAACAAAGGAUCCUGGUCUUAACUGGGGCCUAAUGGAAGACCUCUAUUAGAAAAUAACAUUUAAACUAAGACCAGAAAGAUUUGUAGAAAUUAGCAAAGCAAAGGGAGGGAGGAGAAAGCAGCUUUCCUGGCAAAGGAACAACUUGUGUGAGGGCCCUGAGACAGGGAAGGGCUGGGAAUCUGACCACCCUCAAAGUGGUGCAAUGGAGUAUAGUUAGAGAGGGAGAAGACAUGAGAACUUGAAUACUAUGCAAAGGACUUGGUAUUUUAAUUCAAGAGCAGUAUGAUGCUACUGAGGAGCAGCUGGAGAAUUGUGUGAUCCAACUAAAAUUUUAGGAAGAUCAACCUCGCUAUUGUGGAGAAUGGAUAUACCAGGGUUCUGUUGGUUCAUGAAGAGGUCUUAAGAAAACUAUGAGCUGGGUGCAGUAGCUCAGGCCUGUAGUCCCAGCUACUCAGAAGUCUGAGGAGGGAGGAUCCCUUGAGCCCAAGGAGUUGGAGGUUACAGUGAGCUGUGAUUAUUCCACUGUACUCCAGCCCGGAUGACAGAGUGAGAUCCUGCCUCAGAAACAAAAACAAAAAAACAAACAAACAACAACAACAACAGAAGUCUCAGAAAACUACAGGCCUUAUUAUCAAGAAAAUGGCAGGCCUUAUUAUUGAGAAAAUGACUUAACAUUUUUAAAAGCUGAUUUUCAAAAACCAGACUGUGAAUUAAGUGAUGCUGAAUAGCAGAAGAAAAGAUUGAUAAACCAGUGUAUCUCUGAAUAACCCACUAGAUCAGUGCUUGUCAAACUUUAACGGGUUUUCAAAUCAUCCUGAUGUUUUGUUAAAAUGUAAAUCCUGUCUCAGUAGGUUUAGAGGAGGGCAUUUCUGCAUUUCUAACAAGCUCCCUGGUGGUGCCUAGACCAUUGAUCCUCACACUUUGCAUAGCAAGUGACUGGGCCAUACUCUAUAUUCUAAAUUCUAAAUGUAUUCUAUCUUCUAAUGCCUAUCAGCCCUCUUGCUGGUCUGGCUAAUUAUCAAACUUGAGCAUUUAAAACUGUGGGUUUUCAGAGAUGAAUUGAAGUGUUAAAGGCAUGGAAAUGUAGGUCACAUAUGGCUUUUCAUCUCUUUGGGAAAUAUCCUAUAUAUCCUUACUUCUUUUCUACCUACCUAACCUAUGUGCCUACCCCUUCACUUAUGUUCAAGGUUCUGUUAUACUUCAAAAGGACUCUAUGCAAUCAAAGUGAUGUCUAAGAAAUAGUAUGAGGCUCUAACACUUUACAUCUAAUGGUGUGGUUUGCAUCAUUUAUUGAGGCUUACUCUGUGCCAGGCACUUUACCUGCCUUCUUAUUUAAUAGGAGAGGACCAGGAACGCUUAGAGGUUCGUUUCUUGUUCAAGGAUAUACAUCUCAACUCUGAUAUCACAGUGGACUCUUUUAUUCACUAUCAUAAUCAUUAUCAUUUUGUUUGGUGACUACAAUUCUAAAUGCAGAAAACUGAAGCCUCUUUAUUCUGUGACUAAAGGCUUUGUAUUUUCUAAAGAUUUGUGGAGCUUUGCUGCCAUUAUUUCAAUAAUUUUAUAAAGAUCCUAGGUGUUAAAUAGGUCUGGCUUUUUUUCUUUUUAAAAUCUUCUCCGUCUUCUUCUUCGUUAGCAGUGCAACUUCUUGUGGCAUAUGUGGCAUAAGUGCAAGAUCUUGGGAAAAGGAUUGAUCAAGUAAAGGGAAACUAUAGAGAGAGUGUGCUCAACAAUUGAGAUCAUGCUCCUUGUGAAAGAUGGGGUAGGGAAAUUUCUUAUUGCUCCCUGGUUCUUAAGAAAUGAGAGCUAACAAUGACAUCCAGUUUUAAAAGAAAUAAAAUCUGAAUUGUACUUUUAAAUUUUAUAAGCCAGAGUUAAACCAAUAGAUAGUAACUCCUGCUAAUUUGAUAGUAGCUCCAGAUAGUGAGGAAGUGACAGGGAAUGCUAAUUUCAUUUGGUAAGAGAUAAAACUGAAAUUAUUAAUGUCUCCACGGAAAUGCUAAAUGCCUCCUUACAAGUAGGGUCUGGCUAAUUGUCUGUCUUCCAACAAACCAGAUUUGUUGGUGUUUUCCCCGACAACGUUGUGUAGUUUUCGGUUUGGUUCGAUCCCCUUUCUUGUGAUCAAAGAAAGUGAUUCAAGUGUUUAAUGGGUCUUGAUUUGGAUUGGAGACUUGCAGAACGGUUAGCCUCACCGCCCCAAGGCUGGCUUUCCUUAAGGUAGGUUUCCUAUGCACAGAUACUGGCAAGGCGCUUUGACUGGAAACUCUGGAAGGAAGCCAAAGGAAAGUGAAGUUCCUGGCGCUAGCGCGUGUCCUGCUCAGAGAGCCCGGCGCUAGCUCAUUCUUCGUGCAGUUAUUGGCUGGGACUCUGUGUGCCGCUGUCGGCCAAUGAAGACGCUGGAGAUUGGGCCCCGGCCCGUCCCCUUUCUGCGCCCCGGGAUGAGGCAGAGACUGAACAGCCGGCGAGCAAAUCAACGGCAUCCAGAAAGCCAUGUCGGACUCGGCGCCCAGCGCCCUAGCGCUAACCCGCUGAAAGUUUCUCAACGAAAUCGCAGGGACGAUCUGGACCCCGCUGAGAGGAUCUGCCUUUGAGUGAGAUGGUCCCAGAGGCCUGGAGGAGCGGACUGGUAAGCACCGGGAGGGUAGUGGGAGUUUUGCUUCUGCUUGGUGCCUUGAACAAGGCUUCCACGGUCAUUCACUAUGAGAUCCUGGAGGAAAGAGAGAAGGGUUUCGCUGUGGGCAACGUGGUCGCGAACCUUGGUUUGGAUCUCGGUAGCCUGUCAGCCCGCCGGCUCCGGGUGGUGUCUGGAGCUAGCCGAAGAUUCUUUGAGGUGAACCGGGAGACCGGAGAGAUGUUUGUGAACGACCGUCUGGAUCGAGAGGAGCUGUGUGGGACACUGCCGUCUUGUACUGUAACUCUGGAGUUGGUAGUGGAGAACCCGCUGGAACUGUUCAGCGUGGAAGUGGUGAUCCAGGACAUCAACGACAACAAUCCUGCUUUCCCUACCCAGGAAAUGAAAUUGGAGAUUAGCGAGGCUGUGGCUCCGGGGACGCGCUUUCCGCUUGAGAGCGCGCACGAUCCCGAUGUGGGAAGCAACUCUUUACAAACCUAUGAGCUGAGCCGAAACGAAUACUUUGCGCUUCGCGUGCAGACGCGGGAGGACAGCACGAAGUACGCGGAGCUGGUGCUGGAGCGCGCCCUGGACCGAGAACGCGAGCCCAGUCUCCAGUUAGUGCUGACUGCAUUGGACGGAGGGACCCCAGCUCUCUCUGCCAGCCUGCCUAUUCACAUCACGGUGCUGGACGCGAAUGACAAUGCGCCUGUCUUCAACCAGUCCUUGUACCGGGCGCGCGUCCUGGAGGAUGCACCCUCCGGGACGCGCGUGGUACAAGUCCUUGCAACGGAUCUGGAUGAAGGCCCCAACGGUGAAAUUAUUUACUCCUUCGGCAGCCACAACCGCGCCGGCGUGCGGGAACUAUUCGCCUUAGACCUUGUAACCGGGAUGCUGACAAUCAAGGGUCGACUGGACUUCGAGGACACCAAACUCCAUGAGAUUUACAUCCAGGCCAAAGACAAGGGCGCCAGUCCCGAAGGAGCACAUUGCAAAGUGUUGGUGGAGGUUGUGGAUGUGAAUGACAAUGCCCCGGAGAUCACAGUCACCUCCGUGUACAGCCCAGUACCCGAGGAUGCCCCUCUGGGGACUGUCAUCGCUUUGCUCAGUGUAACUGACCUGGAUGCUGGCGAGAACGGGCUGGUGACCUGCGAAGUUCCAGCGGGUCUCCCUUUCAGCCUUACUUCUUCCCUCAAGAAUUACUUCACUUUGAAAACCAGUGCAGACCUGGAUCGGGAGACUGUGCCAGAAUACAACCUCAGCAUCACCGCCCGAGAUGCGGGAACCCCUUCCCUCUCAGCCCUUACAAUAGUGCGUGUUCAAGUGUCCGACAUCAAUGACAACCCUCCACAAUCUUCUCAAUCUUCCUACGACGUUUACAUUGAAGAAAACAACCUCCCCGGGGCUCCAAUACUAAACCUAAGUGUCUGGGACCCCGAUGCCCCGCAGAAUGCUCGGCUUUCUUUCUUUCUCUUGGAACAAGGAGCUGAAACCGGGCUAGUGGGUCGCUAUUUCACAAUAAAUCGUGACAAUGGCAUAGUGUCAUCCUUAGUGCCCCUAGACUAUGAGGAUCGGCGGGAAUUUGAAUUAACAGCUCAUAUCAGCGAUGGGGGCACCCCGGUCCUGGCCACUAACAUCAGCGUGAACAUAUUUGUCACUGAUCGCAAUGACAAUGCCCCCCAGGUCCUAUAUCCUCGGCCGGGUGGGAGCUCGGUGGAGAUGCUGCCUCGAGGUACCUCAGCAGGCCACCUAGUAUCAAGGGUGGUAGGUUGGGACGCGGAUGCAGGACACAAUGCCUGGCUCUCCUACAGUCUCUUGGGAGCCCCUAACCAGAGCCUUUUUGCCAUAGGGCUCCACACUGGUCAAAUCAGUACUGCCCGUCCAGUCCAGGACACAGAUUCACCCAGGCAGACUCUCACGGUCUUGAUCAAAGACAACGGGGAGCCUUCGCUCUCCACCACUGCUACCCUCACUGUGUCAGUAACCGAGGACUCUCCUGAAGCCCGAGCCGAGUUCCCCUCUGGCUCUGCCCCCCGGGAGCAGAACAAAAAUCUCACCUUUUAUCUACUUCUUUCUCUAAUCCUGGUUUCUGUGGGGUUCGUGGUCACAGUGUUCGGAGUAAUAAUAUUCAAAGUUUACAAGUGGAAGCAGUCUAGAGACCUAUACCGAGCCCCAGUGAGCUCACUGUACCGAACACCAGGGCCCUCCUUGCACGCGGACGCCGUGCGGGGAGGCCUGAUGUCGCCGCACCUUUACCAUCAGGUGUAUCUCACCACGGACUCCCGCCGCAGCGACCCGCUGCUGAAGAAACCUGGUGCAGCCAGCCCACUGGCCAGCCGCCAGAACACGCUGCGGAGCUGCGAUCCGGUGUUCUAUAGGCAGGUGUUGGGCGCAGAGAGCGCCCCUCCCGGACAGGUAAGGUUUAGCAAGUCAUGCUUGACCCUGUUAGUGCUUUUUGAUUCCUACAUCAUAUUGAGGAAGGAAUGGAGCUGUUUUUUUAGUGAUGAAGAUGUUUUCCUGAUGAUGCAUUCACACUUUCACCUGGCCCUUCCUAGAUCAAAGUUAGUGCCUUUGUGAGAUGGUGGCCUGCCAGAGUGUGGUUUGUGGUCCCAUUUCAGGGGGAAGAUACUUGACUCAUCUAUGGACCCAAUUCACCUCCUCAGCACUCAUUUGCUAUCACAACUAACCAAUCUUGCUAAGGGAUGGUUAAGCCAAAAAACAAGAUCUCAGCGAUCAGAGUUUAGCCUGGUAUCAUUUACAUUAGGAAUAAGCUGCUGGAUACCUCCAACCAGAGGCAGCUUCUAGGAAUACAAAAACUACCUCAUUCCUCCACCUUUCAAGUGAUUGUGACAUUUGUAUUAAAACUAGCUUUUUGAUAAUUUUCCUUUGUUUACACAGAUCGUGUACCUCAUUCUCAGAUAAUUUUUUAUGAAUGAAAUGAAAUUCCAGGCAUCCUUUAAAUUUUAUUUCAAGCACUCUACUGGAAAUGAUGUGCACCCUACUUACAAAAUAUUUUUACCUUGUAACAGUAAUGCAUGUUUGCUAUAAAAUUCGGAAAAUGCAGAAAAGUAUUUUAAAAAUUAAAACUACAGGCAGGGAGCGAUGACUCA